CAACUCUAAUAAACAUAACUUGGUCUGUUUUGGCCCUUGGUAUUGGGUUACUUGUUCCUCCUCCUUUUUGUGGCCUUCUUUGCCUCGAAAUGAGUGACCAGCUCCGUUAUAUAGUGGAUACCCUCCACAGGGAGCCGUACAAUAAGAGCUACACUAUAAUCUCAUUUGACUCACUUGACCCACUCUCUCUCCUACAAGUUGUUAACGAUGUCAUAGCUGAGAUUGAUCCAGAACAGAAGCUAGACCUAAGGGAUGAGCCAGCAGAACAGACUGCCCUUCGUCUCCUUGCAACUCUUAAAAUACUUAACUACAAGCCUAAGGAGGACGUUGGUCAGGGCAUGAAUACUUUUCGUCAAGGACUCAUUCAAGGGGAAAAACUAACAGUCUAUCCUCUUCUCUCGUGGUUACUUCAAAGAAUGCCGGAAUUGAAGAAACGUGCCUAUCUUGCUCGGUUUUUAGUUAAAAUUGAAGUACCGGUGGAGUAUUUACAAGACGAGACGCUUGAGGAAACGUAUCAAACUUAUGCUUCAAUGAUUGAGCACUUCAAAGAACUUCACAAAGCAGUCGAGUUUGAGCGAUCAUCUGAGUACAACACAAGUGACGUUAGGCGAGAUAUUGAGGCUAUGGAGGAAGAGAAGAAGCAGCUUUCACGUCAGCUAGAACGACUGAAGAGAAGAGUAGAGAUAUACCCCAGACACGAGGAGGUACUUGAUUCUGCUCGUAAGUUGAGGAAAGAGAAGGAGAGAGGGAAUGAUCUUAAGAAGCAGAAAGAAGAGCAAAGAAAGCAAUUAAACCAAGUUAAAGAGAAAGAGGCUAAGUUGAUACGUGAAUUAGAAGAAACCAAAGAGAUGUCUUCUGGACUCACGGCAGAGCUUGUGUUAUCUAAAGCCAAAGAAGAUAAUAAUCUCCUCCGUAUGCUUACCAGUGAUAAUCUCCCUAAGAAGAUAGAGGCAAAGAGACGGGAGUGUAUAGAGAUGGAGAAGGUUGUCUCGGAGCCUGUCGUGAGCGAAUUAGACCUUGAAGUGAUACAGCAACAGAUUGACGAGGUGAAUGAUGAGAUCCGGUCACUUAUAGACAAGAAAAUGAGCGAAGAUGAUUCCGGGACUGAGAACCUUGCACUGUUUAGACAGCAGGCAUCUCUCAUAGCUCACAAACGACAGGUUGCUGCAGAAACGAUAGAGAACCUAAUGGAAGAGCUUGAAGUAGUUAAGGAAGAGGAAAAAGAGAAAGAGAGGCAGCUUGAGGAGAUGGGAGGGAUAAAACUGAUAAAGGAGGACGAGUUUCGUAAGUAUAUAGAGCACCUUCGGGUCAUUAGUACCAUUUAUAAGCAAAAGAAAGGAGAGAUGUCGGCACUCAGGGCAGAAUUUGGCGUCCUCUCUCGAACGGAAGAAAUAUUGAAAUCGAAAGAUGAGAAUGUACAAGAUCUCUUGUCAUUCAUGGAGAAGAAGAAAGGAGUCUCAGGAUACAAGAACACACAAGACGACCUUGAGCAGGCGUCUAAUUUAAAGAGCGAGCUUGAUACGAAAAAAGAGAAAAGCCUCCAAGAAAUGUCAGUUUCAGUCCAAACACUAAAAGAUGUCAUAGAAGAGAAGAAGAGUGUUCUUGCUCCACUGAUUAAAGCAGUGAGGCCAUUACGUCAAAAACAUCAAGACGUGAAAUCAGUCCAUCGGGAAAAGAAAGCAACUUACGACAGCACGGCAGCAGGCCUGAAAAGCAAGCGGUCACAGCUUGAGAAGGAGGUCCAAGGACUUUGGAAUGACUGCAUAGCAGAGGAAAGCCAAUAUCACUUACUAAGCUGCGAAUUGGAAGCAGUGCGUCUUCACGAUCAAAGAGUCAAGGCCGAAAUGAAAGCCGUGGUUUCAAAGGAUCCAGCAGAGAAAAAGAAAAACCUCCGUGAUCAGCUAACACGUAAAGUACAUGAGCAGGAGAACUUGGGGCGGGCGCUGAGGGAUAAGCAAAAGGAUCUCAAAGAAACUCACAAAUUUGCAGUCAAGCAAGUGAAGAUGUGGCACGACCUGGAGAAGCUCUUCAGUAUAAAGAAGAGGUGCUUUAGCGAGGCUCAGGAACAGAAACAACGUACCAAAGACCUGCAAGAGCUCUCUACCACUGAUGGUCGCAUACAAAUAAUGAAUUAAUGAUUGCAAUGACAGCUAUGAGAACAAGAAUUAUCUUAUCAUUAUAAACAUUACUAUUAAUAUGAAAAUAAUUAUAAUAAUCAAACAAUAAUUUCCUACUAUUAUAGUUGUAUUAACUUGAAGUUUCAAUAUAAUGCAAAUAAA